CUAUGUGUAGAUUAACCCACGUGGUUUCUAUAUAAGCCCAGGUAAAAUUGAUUGUAGAUUAGUUUUAGUUGCGAUCCCGUACUAACAAAAACUUUCAUCAUGUCUGCUGCCGAUUUCCAAGCUACCGCUGACAAAGUCAGAACCAUGAGCCCACCAAGCCAAGAAGACCAAUUGGAACUUUACAGCUUGUACAAACAAGCCACCGUUGGUGAUUGCAACACCGCUGCUCCUGGCGCUUUGGACGUUAAAGGAAAGGCCAAAUGGUCCGCCUGGAACGGCAAAAAAGGCAUGAGCCAAGAUGAUGCUAAACAAAAAUACGUUACCAAGGCUAAAUCCUUGGGAGUUUAAGAAUUAACUAGACCACUACUCACAACAUAUAUUUUAUUUCCUUCAUAUGUUAUCAAUUAUUGAUUAAAAAGUAUAAUUUAAUAAAGUAUGCACAUUUUUUGAUACGUUA